ACUGGGAGGAGAGGGCGCUGGGCCAGGCCAAGGGUGAGGCAGGCGCGGUGCGGUGGCUGCCACGGGCCCCGCCGGGGCCCCCAGAGCUGGGGUCCCGAAGAGCGGGUUCCUUCGCCCGCGCUGCAAAACGCCAACCCCCGCCCAGAGCCGCGGGGUUUGGACGGGCCCGUUUGGGGGCUGGGCUGGGGGCUGGGCGGUGACUGCACAGAGCUGCCGUGCGCUGCGAGGCGUUGGCACAGCGCCCUGUGCCCGUGACAGCCCACACCCGCACUGCCGCCCAUCGAGCUGCUGCUCAGGCCUCGUCUCGCUCCGCUCGAGAGGUUCAGCUGCCUGUCAGUGCCCCACGCGUGCUCCGAGAGCGAGGGGCUCGUUGGAGCAGGGGGGUUUCUGCCCUGCUUUGGGGGAUGCUGGGCGCUCUAAUGGGGAGAGUUCACCUAGAGGCCCCUCCGUGUUAGCUCUUGCCAACACCCCGACUCAUGGUUCCCUUUGACUACAGGCUCUGUGACCCAGCUCUCGGUGCCUCCUGAGGCGGGAUGUUCCCUUUGAUCAGCCUCUCGGCUCUUCUCCAAGGUCAGAGGCGUAAAACAGGCGCUCCCCUCUCUCUCCCCUCCCUUCUCUGGCCGCCAGGUUCUGUUUUGCCAGCCCGCCGUGGCUCGCGCUUGCUUAGAAAAAGUCCCAUUUUGUCUGGGGCUAUGGCGGGGAUGGUGCUCCCCCAGGGGUGAUGUUCUCCCUCGGGGUGAUGCCGGAGGCUACGAGGCCGCGGCGGCGCUGGGUAAGGGCUUUGCCCCUUUCGCUCUCGCUUAGGGCGCCUUCGGCCGCGCAAAAUGAUUCCUGCAGCGUCACGUGUCGACUUCUUUCUGCUUUUCCCCUCUCAAACCCUCGACCCGCUGCCAGUCCCCACCUCUUUGGGCGUAGCUUUGCCUUCCUUAAGCUCAGGUUCAUCAACGGGGCUUUCACUCUUCUUCCCGCUCCCAUCCCCCCCGGUUGGGAGGAGACGCAGCUGAGAAACGUGGUCCUGAGGGGCCAGAACGGUGCUUUGUGCCUCGUCCCCGCUGACGCCAGCCGGCGCCGUGCAAGGCUUUCAGCACGAUGGGGGCAGGCGGGCAAGGAAAGCUGAUUCCCAGCAGUCAUUUCCCUGUGAGAAAUCCCCAGAGCUCUGCAUUUUGAACAAAUGAUACCCAUCGAUAAAGCCAAGGGUGGGCUGUGCGUGAGGCCCGUGAGGUGGGGGCGGCUUGGGGGCAACGUGGUUGCACCCAGGGAAUGCGUGGGAAUGCCUGAAACAAAAGGAGGGGGAUUUUUCCUCUUCUGCUGGGUGGGUUUUUAACUCUUUCUUUGUAUUUCUCUUAAACCUGUUUCCCUCCUCUGCUCCUCAAACCGAUAAUUGCAGCCACGUCUGGCAAAUGCCCUUCCCUGGGGUGUCGAAAUGGGAAAGAAUAAACUAUCUGAGCUGCUCCCACGCGUCUGUUUUUACUGGGGCUCCGCUUUGUUAAAACAAAAGGUGGCACAAGGGGAAAAACCGAAGGGGAAAAGUGCCCGGAAAGGUUUAUUCCUGGUGCAGAAGUGACGGGGGAAGGUGCAACGAAAGGUUUAUUCCUGGUGCCGACCCCAGCCCGGUGCUGGCUUCCAACCUCACCCCCAUCCUAAACACGCCGCGCGUUGGACAGGCAGAGGCGGAGGCGUGGACGGCAGCAAAGCUGUCGUGGGAAAUUAAAGAAGAGCUCGCUGCAGCUGAUCCUGAGAUUUAGCCCUCCUAAAAAGCUGUUUUCCCUAUUUUUUGCGUGGGAGGGGUCGCGGGAGAUACCUGUGAGCUCGUUGAAAGGCUUUAAGGAAGUUCCUGGCGGUAUCUCAGCUCGAGGGAGAGGAAGGGAGCUGUGACUCAUGCCCUUAUCAGCCAGCAGCUUUCCAGACCAAGGCCACGGCUCCUUUAGGACGAGCUCAGAGGUUGUCCCUCCAGUCUUUGCUGGUGCCUGUUGUUCAGUGACAUCACAAGCGUGACUUUGAGGGAAAAAACGCUCUUGCAAAGGCAAUGCCUGCACUGCAUAUAUAUAUAUAGAGAGAGAGAUGUAAAUCGCACAGGCAGGGGUCGGCUGCACGCUCGGCCCUUGGGCAGCAGCGACGAUGCACCCGGGACGGACGGACGGACAGACAGAGGGGGAGGUGUGACCUGAGGGUUUGUACUUUGACCUUGUCUCGGAGGCAGUUAUGGGCUUGUGCCCGCCCGGAUCUGCCCCACCUCCCUUCCCAGAAGCCAUAACGCACGAAGGGAAAGGGAAUUUUGCUCUCGGUUUCAGGUCCCUUGUGGGGCUGCGCUGUUGUCUCCCCCUUCCCAGCCCCACGGCGGGGGCAGGAGCGCAGCACCGCAGCCCACCCCCGCCAGGAGCGAUGGCUGCCUGCACCCCAGCAGGCAGGGCUGUGAAAGCGGAUGGGAAGGUGCUGGUUUCCUCACGCCCCUGCCUCCCUCGCGUCACCUCUGCCCUGGCUCGUGCUGUGAUUUUCUCCUGUGCCUUUCUCGUCCCUGAGCUGGAGGGCGCCCAGUUCAGGGUCUUGGGACCCGACCAGCCGGUCACUGCCGUCGUGGGAGAAGACGUCGUGCUGCCUUGCCGCCUCUCCCCGAGGCUGAAUGCCAAGAACAUGGACGUCCUGUGGUUUCGGUCCACAUCCUCCAUGUACAUCCACUAUUACCGCAAUGGGCAGGACGACUACUCCUCCCAGAUGCCCCAAUACCGGGGGAGGACAGAGCUGUCAAAGGAGGGCCUCUCUGUUGGGAAUGUUUCCUUGAGGAUCCUCAGCACCCGGCUGAGCGAUGAGGGACAGUACCGGUGUCGCGUCCAAGAUUGGGAUUUUGGUGAAGAAGUCUCUGUGGAGCUGCAGGUAGCAGACUCCAUUUUCCCAAAGGAAUAUCCCUGGAAGGUGGCUUUCUUCGUGACCCUGGCUGCCUGCUUCGCUUCCCUGGUUGCCUUCCCUCUUUUCAUCUCACGUCUACGAGCCCAAAGCAGAGAACUAGGGAAACGCGAUGCCGAAAUCCGGUGGAGAAACACCAUCUUCUCGGUGGAAGAAGUGCACGUCACGCUGGACGCGGACACGGCGCACCCACUGCUCAUCCUCUCGGAUGGUGGGAAGAGCGUACGGUGGGGAGUCACGCGGCAAGAGGUGCCAGAUAACCCCGAGAGAUACGACACCGACCCCUGCGUCCUGGGCCAGGAGGGAUUCACCUCCGGGAGAUACUUCUGGGAUGUGGAUGUGGGGAUGGAGGAAGGAGGGCUCUGGGCAUUGGGGGUGGCCAAGGAGUCCACGGAGAGGAAGGGGGAGAUCGACCGGGAUCCUCGAAAUGGGAUCUGGGGUAUUGGUCACUGGUGGGGAGAGUAUUGGGCUCUGACCUCCCCUGAGCGCACAGUUCUCAGCCUCACAAAGAGACCCCGGACGAUUCGGGUUUACCUGGACACUGAGGCACAGAAGGUAGCCUUCUUCAACGCUGACAACCAAGACCUGCUCCACACUUUCCCACUGGACCCCUUGAGUGGGGAGAGGAUCCGUCCCUGGUUCUGGGUUCUCCUGUCCGCCCAGCUCACCCUGAAGUCACCUCCUUCGCCCCCACGCGUCCCCAGCGAGGAGGAGCCUCUGCUCCCUUCCUGCAUCCCCCUGCCGACCCUCCCCACGGGACGACGGGCCCCGCGCACGCCGACAGCAGGACAUGACCAAGACGGGGAAAUCCAUGCUGCUGUCCACGAGCAGCCAUGAUCAAUGCCCAAGGCUCUGCCGGCUGCGUCGUGCCACCAGGGCGCCCCGAGACUCUCCCAGUGAAGCCAUGGCGGCCCCCCCACCUGAGCAGAGCUAUCCCCGCUCCUGCUGGAGCCUGCGACAAGAUGUAGCCGUGGCUAAGGCACAUUCGCCUCUCCUAAGGUGAUGUCUCCAAGCAAGGCGCUUCCGCUGAGACGCCCUUGUGCUUCUGCUACGGGCAGAGUCCGACCCAACCAGGCUGUUGGGACCCGAGGGCGUCAGAACCCCCCUGAGAUAGGGAAGAGAAACCCCCCAGUGCCAGAACCGAGAUGAGAGUCUGGGGAGAAGGAGCCGCACAUCUCCACCCUCUUCCUCUCUACUUCACCUCCAGCCCCCAAAGCCUCAUCAAACGGGGCCAGUUGGAGGGCUGGGGGUGGUCUCUGGCCAGGCGCUCAGUUCCUGACACCUACCACCUCCCCCGGCAUUCCAAUGUACUCAUAAAAUAGGCUUUUUCUAUAAAAAUUCUCUCCUUGA